AUGACGGAAGCGGACAACUACGAUGACGAGCUCGUCUCGGCCAAUCCGAACCAACGGAACUGGCGAGGGAUCCUGAUUGCCCUGCUCGUUAUCAUCGUUGUACUGGCGCUGAUCGUGACAUCCGUGGUACUGCUGACACCCCCGGACGAAGGUCCCCGUGUGAAGGGCCAACGGAUACGAUUGCAGGACAUCAUCGAUGGCGAGUACGCACCGAAGAAACUCAACGGUAGUUGGAUUGGACCCGAUGAAUUCCUCUACCAAAACCACUGGGGAGAAAUAAGUUUGCUCAACAUGAAUAAUCUGUCGGAACGGGUUCUGAUGUCCAACACGACAAUGAAAACCCUUGCCCCAGUGAAAUUUUCCAUCUCGGCCGAUCGACGGUACUUACUGCUAGCGCAAAACGUCAACAAGCUGUUCCGACACUCGUUUUUGGCACAGUACACCGUUUACGACAUAACUACCAGUGAAACGAUCCCGCUGACGAUCAAUUCGAAUAAUGAAGAUUGGCCGUUCCUGCUGCACGCCGAAUUCACUCCCAAGGGGCAAGCCAUCGUGCUGGUGUACAACUACGACAUCUACUAUCGACCAUCGGCCCGGGCUACGCAGGCCCACAGGCUGACGAAGAACGCCAUACCCGGUAUCGUCUACAACGGUGUACCCGAUUGGCUAUAUGAGGAGGAAAUUCUGCACACCAACAAAGCCAUUUGGCUGUCCACCGAUGGCCACCUGAUGCUGUACACCACCUUCAACGACACGCUCGUACAGGAGCAACAGUUUGCCUGGUACGGCACGGCGACCGGUGACAUCAAUCUCUACCCCCAGAUUCGUUCCCUACGAUAUCCCAAACCGGGUACCAGCAAUCCGACGGUCACACUCAACGUUGCCGAUCUGACCGACCCGAAAACCAUUCGGAUGAACAAACUUACACCGCCACCGAUUCUACUCAAUCAAGAGCAUUACUUUACCAGCGCGUCCUGGGUGUCACCGUCGGAGGUCAGCGUAGUUUGGAUGAACCGGCCCCAGAACCUGUCGGUCGUGACGCUGUGCAAAAGCCCGAUGUGGUACUGUCAGGAGACACACCGGAUUAGUGGCGAUGGACGUGGCUGGGUCGACGAGAUGUCUGUACCGUUCUUCAGCCUUAAUGGCAGCUCGUACAUUGCCAUCUCACCGCUGCGCGAUGGUUCCGCAGGACACUUUCGGCACCUGGUCCACGUACACAUUGGCAAAAAGCGCAUCAUACCGUUGACUCAUGGCCGGUUCGAGGUUAAUAAAAUUCUCCACUGGGAUCAGGCGAACAACUUCGUAUACUACCUCGGAAUUCCGGAGCACUCCCCGGCUCAGCAGCAUCUGUACCGGGCCUCCUCACUGCCACCGAAGCAAGGUACCUCGCCCCGACCGCCGCGUUGUCUCACCUGUAGCCAUCAGCACAGUUCGCAUGCGCACGUCACCAUCAAGGCGUCGAACCGCGUGCAGCAACAGUGGAACGACGACUGGGAAGAUAUCGAGGAUGAGGAGGAGGAGUACGUGGAGGUGCCGAUGACAACACCACCGACGAAGCGAAAGCGAAAACCCUCCGAACCGGAGGUGGUGGCCCCGAUGCCCCCGAUGCCCUGCCAAUACUUUACGGCCAUCUUUGCGCCGAGCAAUAGCGAGUACGCGCUGAUCGAAUGUCUCGGUCCGAUUGUACCGUUCAGUGCCAUCUAUCGUAUUGUGCCCGAUGUUGCCAAGAGCCCAACGCAGGUGCUGUACUACCUGCAAAACAAUACGGCACUGGCCGAGCGUAUCAGCAAAAUUGCACUACCGCAGGUUAAGUCCUUCCCGGUGAUGAUAUCGGGCGGAUAUCAUGCACAGGUGCGACUCUUCUUGCCGCCCGGACUGCGGGAAGACGAGAUCACACGUUACCCGAUGAUUGUGCAAGUAUACUCCGGACCCGGUACGCAACUGGUGACGGACAAGUGGCGUGUCGAUUGGAACACCUAUCUUGCUGGCACCAAGGAUUACAUCGUGACGCAAAUUGAUGGCCGAGGAUCGAGUGGCCAGGGCUAUCAGCUGCUACACGAAGUUUACCGAAGGCUCGGCACGGUCGAGGUAUCCGACCAGCUCGAGGUGGCCGAAUAUCUGCGCGACAGUUUACACUUUGUCGACAAGCGGCGGGUCGGCAUUUGGGGCUGGAGUUACGGUGGAUACACGGCGGCCCUUGCAAUGGCCAGCCCUACCAGCCUGUUCCAGUGUGGCAUCAGUGUUGCACCCGUCACUAACUGGAAGCUUUACGAUUCCACGUACACCGAACGGUACAUGGGCAUGCCGAACGUAACAGACAACUAUAAGGGCUACGAGGAUAGUGAUCUGUCGAAGCACGCGGAAAAACUGCGGGACAAGCAGUUUCUCAUGGUUCACGGUACGGCGGACGAUAAUGUGCACUUCCAGCAGAGUAUGGUGUUUUCGAAGGCGCUCUCCAGCAAGGGCGCACUGUUCAAGCAGCUGAUAUACCCGGACGAGGGCCACAAUCUGGCCGGCGUGAAGAAGCACCUCUACCGUUCGAUGACGCUCUUCCUCGAGGACUGUUUCCGGAAGCUGGUACCACUGGACGUAAAGCCUGGCCUGGGAAAUGGUGGUUCCAGUGAUUAA